GGCCUUGUGUGAUUAGUAAUUCUAUCUGAAUCAAGUCAAGGGUCUCUUUCCUAUCAAGAGUCCUCGUAAUCGCAAUGGUCUCGUCUGCUCAGAGACUAUUAGUCGAAGAGGCCUCAUAGUCCAAACCGCUGUUCGACUAUUCGCUAUUUUUAAAUGAACAAUCAAUUAAUUACGCCAAAGGUUAUACUAAAUUUAACUCAAUAAAUUAAACCCAGGAACAGAUUAAAUGCGAUACAGGAGAGUUGACUGUACUUCGCUUGCACUAGAACAAAUCAGUUGGAGCGCGUCCUCUAUCGUUUUUUUCAGUUCUGUUCAGUCUCCUUGGUAACGGAAAACAGUGGAACGAAAAGCAGAUUUUCAACGGACCCACUGCUCUGCUGCUCCAGUAGUAGUAGUAGCAAGUCAGCAGCGGUAGUAUGUCAGUCAGAAGGACUACGAAGCAUAAACUUGACUUUUCUGGAGGCGAUUCCAAAUUCGACCCUUGGUUCAAGAUUUUUGUCUAGGUUAGCACCACCAUAGCCAACGCCUCGUGUCGGUCGCAUACGCUCGGAAGAUGUUCGGAAAAUCGGCGGAACCGUCCGGUGCUUAAUCGAUAAAGACCCGUCAGCGGGUUUGCUACAGAUGACGACGGUUUCAGUUCCCGAUCGAACGUUGUUCCGUCCGGUGGUGCGGUGUCGUGACUCCCGGAAGCAUUUCCUUCGAGCAAUCGUCGCGGUGUGGAAAAUGGCAGUGCACUCAGAUCGCGUGUGAAUUAUCGCAAAAUUUAUGACCUAAUUUUUCCGUGCCGCAGUAUUCAGUUCCGCAGCGCGUAGUAGUGUUCCGUGAAGUAAGAAUGUUGCGCAAGUGUGUAGUGCCGCCAUUGUUGAACGAGUGUUGAGUAGCAGAUAGAAAGCGCGCCCUACACGUUCAAGAUGAACACAUCAAAGUGGUUGCCGAAACAGCACCAGGAGGUGAUCAAGCUGUUCGAGCAAUCGCGCCUGCUGGAACGAGAGCUACGGAUAUUGGGCAAAAAGUUUGCCACGGAUAUUAACAUUGAUCUGCCAGAUUACUAUGAAUUCGAGCGGUUGCUACAACAAAGUCGCGAAUGUUUCGAACGGUCCGCCCACGUGCAGACACGGCUAAUACGUAUGUCGGCGUCGUCGGCGGACAAGAACGUGGAGCGAAGCUUCUUCAAGAUUUUGCUCAACCGGAAGGCGCACCUGAUACGGCAGAACUUGCGUAAGCGCAAUCUUCAGCUGAUAUUUAUCAUCAACAAAAUGAUCAAGCUAAUGCUCGCCGCUACCUACACAUCGGAAAUAGUCGUCGAUGGGGCGCUUCUGCUGUGCACACUGCACAACGAAAGUGUAAUCUUGGCCCAAAAGACGACGCAGGCUCGCACUCAAACGAAUGCACAAAUAUGCAGCAAUUCGUUCCCUCCCUUGAUGUCCACUCCGAAGAAAGUGGACGUGGGAACCAUUCUGCAGAUCAUCACGAAACAGCGCGCUGAGGAUUGCUGCAGUACGCUGAUCAACUGUCUGCUGACCACCUGCAAGGGUGCACUGACGGUAGCGAACGAGGAGAAUGAAUCGGACACGUCUAGUGUGGAAAUUUUGCGAGCCCUAACGACAAACCUACAGGGACCACCGGAGAUGGGAAAGCACAUUGACCCGAUACAGGAGGAGAUGAACGUGAGGCGCAAGGCGAGUGUGAACAUGAUAUCGAGCGGUGAGAUACACACGCGCGGACGGGGCACACCGGGCCGGCAGGUGGUGAUUACACCGAUCGUUAAACCGGAAGCACGCGAGCUGGACGAAUCAGAACACAAUGAUCCGGCGAUAAACUUCUUCGAUGAAAUGGCUGCCGAGGCGGUAGCGUACAACUCCAUCAACUAUCUCGUCAACGAACCGGAUGGUAUGGAUCUGCUGGAGAACUUGAUCGCCGACGAGGAGAUCUUCGUGGCGAACGUGAUCAUGAAGGUGAUCAAGUACUGUCCGUCCGCAUUUGAGCGUGAGCUUACCAAAACGGAGCUCAUCAAGUGGGUUAAUCGUGGUACGCGCGGGCUGUGGACGCAGGUUGGCGGAUCGUUGGAGCAUGUGGUGCUGUGGUGGAGUUCGUCCCCGUUGGCCUGUAGACCGGCGGCCUGUGCAAAGUAUCUGCGCGAUUGGCUCUCACUGUUGCAGCCGGACGAAGCACCGGAACCGAUACUGUCCACGCUGAAGGGUUUGGGUGAAACGCUCACGGUGCACGUGACGAGCACGAUUUGGGACAAGCAGUUCCGGUUGGCUGUCGUGUCCUCCAGUCUUCCGGUGGAUUACCCCUUCGAGGAAGGGGAAUUUUGUGGCAAGAAUGUGGUGGUGGAAGGAACGGUCUGUGGCAAAGUUUGGAGCGAGCUGCUCUAUCAGCUGGUGCAGCUGUCCAACACAUGUGAUAUCGGAACCAUUGCGAACGAGUUACCGCUGGUCGAGCAGAUUCCGGUUCUGCAUCGGCUCGAUCAUUCCAUCCACUCGAUGCGAAUCUGGGCGGCGAACAAGGCACGAUCGCUCUGCACCGACUGGAACAUGAUGAUGUUCUUCAAGGUGGUCCACAACGACAUAGGGCUGUGCCUGGAGCAGUUGCAGUACAUACGAGUGCCGGACCUAUCUGCCGACGAUCCGCUCGAAGUACAGGUUCAGGUUUGCGUUGCACUGCGGGAGAAACUUGUUUCCGAAAUCAAGGAAAACAUUAUCAAACUGAAAGCGACCUGCACCGAGUGUAUCGAUGUGCUGGCCGCCGUCUGCCGCACUACGAGCCUUGCCUCGUUGACGCUCUGCUUUCCGUACUUCAAACACUGGCAGACGGAGGUGCUGCAGGAACGGGCCAACGAAUAUGUGGCCUACUUUUUCAACCAGAUCUAUCUGCCUGUCAUACAGGCGACGAAAGACAUUGAAAUAUUGAAGCUGACGCUGAAAAUCAUCUGUGAAGCUUGGCUGGAUCAUAUCUACAUGAAAAAGACGAAAUUCAGCAGCGCCGGAGCGCUAAACUUGCUGAAGGACUUUGAUGGCGUUGCCGAGUGGAUCAAUGCCUGUGAGGCGCUGGACGAACGGUUACGGGACACGCUGUCCCACCACGAGGUGCUGCGUAUGUGCGAAGGAGUAGGCAAGCUGCUGCUACGGAAACCCGAAGAGACGAUAUCCAUUCUGCCAAGUCCAUCGAAAGCGGGCAAGAAAACCGAUGAAACUGCCGACGAGAAAGCACCACUGCCACCGGAAAUGUUUGUUCCGAAUCAGAAGCGUUGGCUGGAGCUGAGGGCCCGCGACCGACGAGCGGUCAAUCUGAACUGUUUGUGUCUGUGCGCGGGAAUGGAUGUAUACUAGAGGAGUUGCGUGAGAUUUUUCUGUCCAUAGUUUACUCCGAGCUAACGGAAACGGUUAAAAUCAUCCACUUUUUGUUUUAAACACAACAUUUCUAUUCGCUUUUCCGAUCUUUCCGCCGUUACCGAUUUACGAUGGUUGAAUAAAUUUAAAUAAAGUAAAUAAUUAGCAUGAGCUACAUGUUUUCUGUACAA